UCUCUCUCUCUCUCGGAAGCCACAUGCCGACGAACCUACGUGCUUUCUUUGUACGACCCUUCGUGCAUAUGGACGGCCCCGUCUCACAUGAAUACUUUCCACUUUUGAGACUAGCAGUUCGGCAUCAGCUUGCAAUAGUUCACGUUCUUGGCAGCUCUAGCAAGAUCCCGUCGGCAUCGGAUAGAUCUCUGAUGCCUUCUUUACAGGUUAGGUCUGACGGAGCCUCGCGUGCCGUUGAGGCACUUUCAUGCGUAAAGAUGCAAGCUCGACGUCGAUGCUUUCCGUGUUCUGCCGAUGAGGGGUCGAUGCCUUUUUCGGAUUGCGAUUGCCAUGUGCCAAAGCCGGACGAUCUAGAUCAAUCUGAGAGAGAAAGAGAACGAGAGGACGAAAGCCAAGUACAAGGUUUGGAUCGAGACAGGUCCAAUAUGUCCCACCUUUCUCUCCUUGGGAUAGGUUCCCUGGGCGGCCAACGGCGGCUCCUGGGACGAGCCGCAAGCCGCAAGCCUACCGCUCCUGAGCCGCUCUCUUGGUAGCUAUGCUCGACUUUGGUGAGUUCCGGUGAUGGACUGAACGCAAGAAGCGUCAUUGAUCUGGUCUCUACCUUGUGUUUAUCUGGUUUCCGUAAAGCAAGACUACAAUAGCAGUAGAGCAGUCAUAUCACAUUGCACAUCACAGGUCACUUUCCACUGAUUCAGGAAUUUGUCUUCCUCCUCACUGUCAGUGUGGUGAAGCGCACAUCCAACUCGAAGGUCAAUCUUUGUGGAAUGGGAGUUUAGAACAAUAGUAUCGG